AUGUCGAAUCCGGGAACGAAAACGGGAACUGCAACGGGAACGGGAGGAGGGGGAGCAGGAGGUGGAGGUGGAGGUGGAAACGGAGGUGAAACGGGGAGAGAAGAAUUUCAAAUGUGCGAAAAUUGCAUGGGCAAACCGAACGGAAACAUGACGAAAUCGGAUGAAAUUGAAAAAUUUUUCGAAUCUUUACCUUAUUACGUACCCAUUUGCGACCAUUGCAAAACUCAAUAUAAUUUUUCCGUCAUGCAAUUACCCGUUGAUAUGAUCAAAUCAGAGUAA